UUCAACUUUUUGACUCUUCUUCCCCUCGGCCUGGUACAGCAGUUUUCACUCCGUAUUUCAGGAUGUUGGUCAUCGUUCUGGUUCUGGUUACAAUGAUGAUUUGCGCAGGUUAUGUGGAGAAUUUAAGCUACGAUUCUAGCUGCAGGACUCCAGAAAAAAUCCACUCAAGAAAGGUUAGCAUUGGCACUUGCAUCGCCUCUUGUUUGGAACUAGAUUCUCAGGCAGCUCGUUGCAGCUUUAACCCAACCACAGGAAAAGCUAUCGAAAAAUAUGACAAUCUGCAGAAAGAUGGAUGUCCUAAGUGCUACCUCGCUUUGCAAAAUUAUCAAACCUACAAGGUUGCGGUUGGCUUAUUUGAGCACCGUUGGGCGUCAAUCUGCGAGAAGAGGAUUAAUUUUGGUGCAGUGGCCAUAAGCGCUGAUUUUGAUACAUCAUCAAUGGUAUGUGGCAUGAUACGGACUAACAUUAAGCAUUGGCUGCCAAAUGAUUACAACGAGGUCCGGUGCAUCAUCGAGGGCUUGCCUGAAGGCUAUCAAAAGUUGGGCAGACUUCGUUUGAUGGUGUACAAGAGCGAGUGCAGCAAGGAUUUCUUCUUCUGCUCCACCGACACCCCCAGGUCACUGAAGAGGUCUUUCCUGGGUGCAGAGUUAAAUGUGAACCAAACCACCGUAUAUCAAAACGGCACUUGCGCCUUUUUCGAGUUUAAGAUGCAGCAAAAAAAGGCUGUUGACGUAAAGUUAAAAACUGCAGAUUGCAAGGAAAGAGCUUUUUUGAUUUGUGAGUCCAAUGAAUGAAUUUUAAAACCGAGUUCUAUUAUAUAUGCGGCGCAGUUUUAAUUAUUAUUUCCUAACACCUUGCUAUAAAACAUUGCAAAAUCAGCAGGAUGUUCAUAGCCACCAUUGAAUCGACAAUUUGCGUGGAAAAUCCCGACGAGGCUGCAGCCACACGAUUCUCCGCACAUCCGAAAUCGGCCUGUGUGGGCUGCGGAGUGCAAUAACUCUGGCAAAUUACCCGCCCGCUCUCCAAUUUCAAGUGCCAUUUUUUGCCUGCGCGACCAGCCUAAUUGUGAUGUGUGUGCAAUAUACACACUCACACACGCGCGGAAUAAAUCAAGCGCAUAUUAACCAAAGUGUGCACAUUAUGCCGUGCGCAGAGCAAAUCGGGAGAGAUGAAAAGAGGCCGAUUAGAACAAAUUUGGUGAAUCGACAGACACGCUUGAAUGCGAAUCGAAACACUAAUAUACAGAUGGUGGCCGGUUCAUUUUUAUUAUUGCGCGCGGCAGAUUAUCUCGCUAGGCAAAAACCCACUCAGUCAGGCACUUCACUUUCCUGGGACCUAUUAUAGCCCUGUGAAAAAACGUUCUUUAUUCAAUCGACCGCACACACGC